GUUUCUGGCCACCCCACUGUAACGUGGAUUGGGUUCGGAGCCUCCAAGACCCAGCGUCCCAUGAUGUCGCAGAGUUUUGGGUCUUUAGCCCACAACUAAUUCGGCCCAUAGCCCAGAGUAAAAAGCGGUUUAUUCUCCGCUCUUUCCCUCACCUCCUUCCUCGGACUCGGCGUUCGCCCUGUGAACUGCGUCCCUCUUUCUGGUUUUGAUUAUUUGGAGAGUAUAGCAAGCCAUGUCUGUUGAUGGGAUUGGAGUGGAGAGAGUGUUUAUAGGAGCGGGAUGCAACAGAAUAGUAAACAACGUCUCUUGGGGCGCGUGUAAUUUAGUCGCUUUUGGUGCCGAAAACGGCGUCGCUAUAUUCUGCCCUAAGGCAGCUCAGAUUUUGACUACACUGCCAGGUCACAAGGCUUCUGUCAACUGCACCCAUUGGAUUCCAAGUUCUAAAUUUGCGUUCAAAGAAAAACAGCUAGAGCGGCAUUAUCUGCUAUCUGGUGAUGCAGAUGGUGUUAUUCUGUUAUGGGAAUUAUCUCUUGCAGACAAUAAGUGGAGGCAUGUGUUACAAGUACCACAACCACAUAAGAAGGGUGUUACUUGCAUUACUGGAAUUAUGGUUUCUGAAACUGAUGUGAUAUUUGCAUCUACCUCUUCAGAUGGAACAAUAAAUGUGUGGGAACUGAUCCUUCCAUCCACUAUUGGAGGUGACUGCAAAUUGUCAUUUCUGGAAUCUGUUUUUGUUGGUUCAAAAUCCAUGGUGGCGCUUUCAUUAUCAGAAUUGCCUGGAAAUACUGGGCAUGUAGUCCUGGCAGCUGGGGGCUUAGAUAAUAAAGUUCAUCUUUAUUGCGGGGAGAGGACAGGAAAGCAGUUUGUUCAUGCUUGUGAGUUAAAAGGGCAUACAGAUUGGAUCCGGAGUUUGGACUUCUCCUUGCCUAUAUGCACCAAUGAUGGAACAAGCAGUCUUUUACUUGUAAGUUCAUCUCAGGACAGAGGCAUACGCAUAUGGAAGAUGGCUUCAUGUAGUUCUCAAUCCAAUUCUAAGGGUACAUUUAGGGAGGAAAAGAUAAGCUUGGCAUCUUAUAUUGAAGGUCCUGUACUUGUUGCUGGCUCAUCCUCGUAUCAGAUAUCUCUGGAAUCUCUUCUUAUUGGACACGAGGAUUGGGUAUAUUCAGUGGAGUGGCAACCCCCUUCAGUCACAUCUGCAAAUGGGUUUGCCUACUAUCAACCACAAAGCAUCUUAUCUGCAUCUAUGGACAAGACAAUGAUGAUCUGGCAACCUGAAAGGACUACUGGUAUCUGGAUGAAUGUGGUCACUGUUGGGGAAUUAAGUCAUUGUGCUUUAGGGUUCUAUGGUGGCCAUUGGAGCCCAAAUGGAGAUUCAAUUUUGGCUCAUGGUUACGGUGGAUCUUUCCAUCUCUGGAAAAAUGUUGGUAUCGAAUAUGACAAUUGGCAACCACAAAAAGUUCCCUCUGGGCACUAUGCAGCAGUGACUGAUAUUGCAUGGGCCAGGUCUGGUGAAUAUUUGCUCUCAGUCAGUGCUGACCAGACAACUCGAAUUUUUGCAUCUUGGCAAAAUGAAGCUAGUCUUGGAGGUAGCGAUUGUUGGCAUGAAAUUGCUCGCCCUCAAGUUCAUGGUCAUGACAUAAACUGUGUGACAAUCAUCCAUGGAAAAGGGAACCAUCGGUUUGUUAGUGGAGCUGAUGAGAAGGUUGCCAGAGUGUUUGAGGCUCCUCUGUCUUUUCUAAAGACAUUAAAUCAUGCCAUUUCACAAAAAUCUAGUUUUCCUGAAGACUUUCAAGUCGAUGUUCAGAUUUUGGGUGCAAAUAUGUCAGCUUUGGGACUAUCACAGAAACCUAUUUAUGUUCAUUCCACACAUGAGAGUCCAGAAAGAAAUGUCAAUGAUGGCCUUGACACACUUGAAACCAUUCCAGAUGCAGUACCAGUUGUGUUAACUGAACCCCCCAUUGAAGAAAAAUUGGCAUGGCAUACACUCUGGCCAGAGUCGCACAAACUCUAUGGUCACGGGAAUGAGCUGUUUUCUUUGUGCUGUGACCAGGGAGGGAAGCUUGUUGCUUCAUCAUGUAAGGCUCAAUCAGCGAAAGUUGCAGAAAUAUGGCUAUGGCAAGUGGGUUCAUGGAAGGCAGUUGGUCGCUUGCAAUCUCACAGCUUAACAGUGACACAGAUUGAAUUUUCUCAUGAUGACAAUCUGCUUUUGUCUGUCUCCAGGGAUCGCCAGUUUUCUGUUUUUGCAAUAAAAAGAACAGGUGUGGACGAAGUCAGUCACCAGCUUAUAGCAAGGCAGGAGGCACACAAAAGAAUAAUAUGGGCAUGCUCUUGGAACCCAUUUGGUCAUGAAUUUGCAACAGGUUCAAGGGACAAAACUGUGAAGAUCUGGGCUGUAGACAAGGGAUCUUCAGUUAAGCAGCUCAUGACUUUGCCACAGUUCACCAGUAGUGUCACCGCCUUAUCUUGGUUUGCUCUUGAUCAUCAGAGAAACAAUGGGUUUCUUGCUGUUGGAAUGGAAAGUGGACUCAUUGAAUUGUGGAGCCUUACGGUGACCAGAACCGAAGAUGGUAGCAUGACAGUACCAGGUGUAACUGCUGCUCUUGUUAGACGGUUGGAUCCAUUUAUGUGCCAUGUUUCCUCUGUGCAGCGUUUAGCAUGGAGGAAGUCUGAGGCAAGUGGAGAUUGCAAAAGCGUACUGCUUGCUUCUUGUGGAGCUGAUCAUUGUGUGAGAAUUUUUGAGGUCAAUGUUGCGUAAAAUACAAUCAGAUUAUUAAUUCUUGUACGGAUAGUAAUUAUAACUGAGUCAAGUUAGUGGGGAAUUCAAUUUUUAUGGGGAAUUUUUUGCAA